AUGAAGUCAUUUCUGCGCCUCCCUUCCAAAUACACUAAGGCAGAUUAGAAAGAGUCAAGAACAAAUACAAAGUGUUGAUCUUUUUUAGUAGAAGAGGACAAAACACAGAACAGCUGUAACAAGUUCAAACACGUUUAAAUUCACCGAUUUUAUAGGAUAAGUCGCUGUUAUAAUUUGAAUAAAUACUCUGGUUAAUUUAUAAACUAAUUGAGAAAUUAUAAUUGAAGCAAGUGGUAAUUUUUAGUGUAAACAUUAAAGUAAGUCAACAAAUAUUAUCUCAACAAUGUCAGACCCAAAUUAUAGACUUCCAUUUGAAACAAAAUUAAGCAAUUUCGUUAAUGGCCAUGAUGUAGUCCUACGUCACUAUAAAAUAAAAUUGGCACCAUAUAUUCAAGAAAAUGAGUUCACUUUUGAUGGAGAAGUCGCCAUAGAUUUUGAAAAUUUAAAACCAAGAAAUUCGUUUAAAUUGAACGCGAAAAAUUUGGAAGCUGUCGAGAAUGUUAUUUUGAAAAAAGAGAAUGAAGUUUACGAGUCAAGCGAUUAUACUGUUACUAUUGAUAGCACCGACAAUAUAUUGAUUAUAAACUUUGAUAGAGAAAUCGCUGUUGGAGUUUAUAAUUUAUACGUCCAGUAUAAAGGUCAAGUUCGCGAAAGUACUAAAGUUUUGAAGCAUGCUUCUUAUUUUGAUAAAUCUGGGAAAAGACAAUGGAUGUUACUGAGUGAUUUUGAAAUUGACGGUAUUCAAGAAUUGUUUCCAUCCUGGAGAGCUGACUGCUGCCACACAAAAUUUGAAUUUUCCAUCAAGCAUAAUAGAGAAUACACAGCAUUAUCAAAUGCGCCGGUAAAAGAAACAAUAACAGCAGAAAAUUCAGAUUUGGUGUGGACAAUUUUUGAAAAAACUCCAACUUUCUCUCCAAAUCACUUCGCUUUCAUUGUUGGCAAUUUAGAAUGUUUAUCUGCGCACGACGAUCCCUUCAAAAUGUGGCUCCCCAAAAAUACAAUUGAUUAUCAAAACAAUGACAUUAAAAUCGUGGAAAAAUUGUGGAAAGCAUUGGAAGAUGUUACCGGUAUAACUCAUAAAGAGCAUAAAUACAACAAAUUGGAUGUCGUCGUUUUGCCGGAAUUCAUUGAAAUUAAACAACGCAAUUGGGGACUUUGUAUCGUUAAUCACGUGAGUAUCGGAUGGAAAGAAAAUAUCGAUAAAACUGAAAAAAUUACCACAAUUACGAACAUAGCUACUUCAUUUAUCGAUCAUUGGUUCGGUGGACUUAUUCAAAGUGUCACUUCUGGUAGAGGAAGACCUUUCAGCUAUGGCCUUCGUCAUUAUUUAGCUCAACUGAUAGUUGAUAAGGUUGAUAAAACGUUUCAUUCCAUUGACCGAUUAAUUAAUAGACAAGGGCAAGAAGGAAAUUGGGAUAAAUUUCAUUAUGACUAUAUCUCACGUACGAUUGAAAAUGUUUUGGGUAAAGACAACUUCCGAGCGGCUUUAAGAAAUUAUAUAUUACAUAAUGAAUCUAAAGACCAAAUAGUCAGUCAGCUUUCCGAUGAAAUCGUAGAAGCAUCUGGAGACAUGAAAGAAUUUAUGAAAAAAGUAUUGAAAAAUUGGAAUUAUUUUUCGUCAUUCCCCACACUCACGGUCACUCGUAAUUAUGAAGCAAACAAAGCGAUUGUUAAUCAAGCGCGAUUUUUGAAUAUGCCGGAGUCAGAUUGGAGAUAUUGGGUUCCAUUGAAUUGGGCAACUCAAGACGAGCCUAAUUUUGAGGAUACAUCUGUAAGUCAGUGGUAUGAUGGUGAUUUUAUGAAAACUGAAAUUCCGGUUACAGUUGCUGGUGAUCGUUGGAUAAUUUUAAACAAACAACAUUUUGGUACUUAUCGUGUAAAUUAUGAUGAAAAAAAUUGGAAACUAAUUAUAAAUUAUUUGAAAACUGAUGAUUACUCAAAAAUUCAUCUUUUCAAUCGCAUUCAGCUGAUUAACGAUGCAUUUACUAUUGCCGAUUGGGGAUUUCUUGACUAUAGUAUACCUUUUGAACUAUCGGAGUAUCUUACUCGUGAAACAGAAUUCGCUCCAUGGGCAGCAUUUUUGCAUAAAAUUAAUCAGUUAUAUUAUGAUUCAUCAUUACAUAUUUCCCCAUACUUUGACAAUUUCAAGAAAUAUGUCUUGAAGUUGACUGCCGAAUUAGAAAAACGGAUUCUACUCGCGGAUGAAGCCAAUGAUGACUUUACUACGCGACUUUUAAGAGUUCCUUUAAUGAAUCUCCAUUGCAUUUUUGGGUCAAGUGAUUGGGGAAAUUAUGCCCUUACCAAACUUAAAAAUUGGCUCGACGAUCCAGAUAAAUAUCCAAUUUUUUCAGAAAUGAAAGUUGUGAUUCUUAACAAUGGAAUACGUUUCGCAGAUGAAGAUACUUGGAAUAAAUUAUGGGAAAAGUAUAUACUAAAUUUACGAGAUCCUAAAAACCAAAUCACUUCACCUUAUAAUAGGAGUAGAUAUGAAUUCGUUAAAGAAGAAGAGCUUCUUUAUGCUCUGUGUUGUAUUUUAAACAAAGAAGUAAUAAAAAAGUUUGUAAUAUUGGUCAUGGAAAAUGUUAUUGAAGACAUAAUUAUACCGGAAUUUUUCGAAAAGCUUUGCCGGCUAAAUGAAAAAACCGUUGACGCUCUUUUAGACAUUGAAUCCAACUCCACUAAGGCUGACGGAACCCCUUUGCUUGAUGAAUACUUUAGAUACGAUGCUGUCGACAGUCUUGUAGACUUUGUAAGAACUGAUGAUCAACUACAAAGAUUGAAACUACUUUCGUCUCAGGGCAAUACUCUUAUUGAUGCAGGAAGGAUAAGUUAUCCAAUAAUGUUAACAACACAUUCAAAAAUUCGUUUGAAUGUUUUUACAAAAAUUCUAAUCUAUGGAAUUAUCAUACCAUCAAUUGUGUCUGCGAGAUCGGAAACCUAUGACUCUCCUAGUUUACCUGAUCAUACAAUACCGACUCAUUAUACAAUUAAAUUGGCGCCAAAUAUUCAAGAUAAAACUAACUUAAGCUUUGAUGGUGAAUCAUUCAUUGAUAUUCAGAUUAAAACUGAUAUCAAAGUCUUAACUUUAAACGCUAAAAAUAUCCGUAUUAAUGGAGAUAUUAUUUUGACGAAUGAAACACUUACAAUAAUAUUCAAGGACUAUUUGCUUGAUCCUAAAAAUGACUUGUUAGAAAUUAAAUUCAACGAUAAAAUAUCCAAAGGAAAUUAUACACUCCAUAUAUCGUAUAGUGGUAAAAUAAACACAGAUUCCAUAGAAGGUUUAAUUUACAGUACUUAUGAUGAUAAAUCAGACGAAAAACAAUGGUUACUAUUGACUAAUUUUGACGAUAAUAAUGCUCGUCAAAUAAUGCCAUGUUGGGAUGAUCCACAUCUAACUGCCACUUUCGAAAUUUCUGUACAACAUGAUCGUAAAUACACUGCCCUGUCAAAUACCCAAUAUGAUUCAAUAAUAAGCGUCAAAAAUAAAUUUAAUUAUAUAUGGACUAGUUUCGAAAGAACUCCACGUUUAUCAAUACGCUCGGUGGCAUUUGUUUUGGGUGAUUUGGAAUAUUUAUCUGAUGAUAGCAAUGCGUAUCGAGUAUGGACAUCAAAAAACUCGAAAAAUCACCGAAACUUUUUUGCUACCGUCGGGGGCAAAGGAUGGAAAGCGAUGGAAGACAUUACCGGAAUCACCUACGAUGAGUAUGAUCUUAAAAAAGUUGACAUCGUCGUGAUUCCGACAGAGAACCGAUGGAAAAUGCUGUUUUGGGGACUUUCAGUCAUCAGCAAAAAGGAUAUUCCGUAUGACAGUUAUGGAAAUAACAACCGCGUAGUUAAAUUUUUGGUUUCAUUGUCACAGUUACUGUACGAUCAGUGGAUAUUAAAUGCCGAUAUUACACUAGAUAAUUUUGAUAAUUCAUUUUUGAAUUACGAUUUACGUAUUUAUGUAUCUGUCUGUAUGGCUGAUCAGAUCGAACAGACUUGGGAUGUUAAAGAAAGAUAUUUCCGUUCCCAACUGGAUAAUCCCAAUAGACCUGGUGUCGUAUCACGCACUGUCGCUAACAUCUUUGGCAAAGAUAAAUUUCGCAAAGCUUUGCGGAGUUAUAUAAAAGACAAUAAAUUUGGAGCGAACUCAUCGGUUGACCUUAUUGACGAAUACGCUAAAAUCUCAGGAAGUAUGAAUACAACAUUCAAAAAAGCUUUAUCAAAUUGGAUGACUACUCUAGGAUAUCCGAUUAUUUUUGUAUCAAGGAAUUACACAACAGACAGGGCCCUCAUUACCCAAGAACGUUUUAUGAAAAAGGCAUACGUUAGUCCGCAAUAUAAGUACUGGGUUCCAAUAAAUUGCGCAACUGAGGACAAUCAUAAUUUUGAUGAUCUUACGGAUAUUCAUUGGUUCGAUCCUGAUAUGAGCUCGUUAGAAAUUCCGGCAGCUCCUGAAAAUCGUUGGAUUAUAUGCAAUAAACGAAAAUUCGGUGACUACCGAGUUAAUUAUGAUAAAAAUAAUUGGAAAUUAAUCAUAGAAUAUCUUAAAAAUGACAAUUAUUCAGUAAUUCAUCCACUAAAUCGUGCGCAACUUAUUGACGACGCUUUCACUUUAGCUGAUGGAGCAUACAUCGGUUAUGAUAUUCCACUGGAAUUGAUGGGAUACCUUAAAAGAGAAACAGAUUAUCAUCCAUGGGCUGAAUUUUGGCGUCAGCUUGAAUAUCUAUACUACAACUCACCAUUACGAACUUGUCAUUUUUACGAUGCCUUUAAAAGUUAUGUACUGGAGCAAACUACAGCGUUAGAAAGAACAGUUUUAACUGAUGAUAUGUCCAAUGGGGAUGAUCAUUACAUGACAAAAUUACAAAGAGCAUCUCUCUUAAAGUGGACCUGUAGAUUUGAUUCGUCAUUCUGUACAAAUUAUGCAUCCGAAAAAUUAACGCAAUGGCUUGAAAAUCAUAUUAAAAACCCGAUCGAUGAGUUUUAUAUGCCAGUUAUAUUAUGCAGUGGAAUUCGCGGUUCCAAUAAAGAUACGUGGAAUCAAUUAUACAGAAAGUUCAUUGUUGAUAAAGAUGACAAUAUUUUACGAGCACUUGGUUGUACGUCAAACUUAAAUAUUUUGAAGACUUUUUUGAUGCUAGUUUUUAACAAUAUGCUACAAAGUUCCAAUGAUUUUGAUGAUCUGUCAAAAAUUUUUGAUAUUGUUGCAAACGAAAACGACGCAGGAAUUGACGUUAUACUGGAUGUCCUUUUGGAAAUUCAGAAAAAAUAUGACGACUCUGAUAUUCGAUAUGAGUUUGUACACAUUGGCGUAUUUGCACUCCAAAGUAUUAUAAAAAAAUCUCAUCAACUUGAGAAAUUUAAAACAAUUUUAAACAAUGAUGCUGCACGAAUAAGCCAUGAUGCGAUGCUGAAAAAAAUUAAUUUUGCUGAAAACAACAUUCAUAUGGUCAACCUCCACUCCCAAUUCCUGGUUGAAUUUUUUUCACAUAAAUAAUAAUGGAUUUAUUUAUGUUGUCUAAGGAUGUUGUAUUGUUAUCCUUGUUCGUAUAAUGUAUUUUUGUGCGUAAUUCAAAUGUAUAAAUCAUUAGUGUGAAAAAUAUCACUUUUAUUCUAUAAAAUUGUGCUAUAGUUUAUAAAUAGAUUAAAAAAUUAAAUUUUUUUCUGCUAUAAAACAUUUUGUAAACUCGUCGUAGUUUUAUAUAUAUAGAUAUCAUAACGAUAAAAUUAUAUUUUUUGUUAAUUGCCCUCGGCAACCUUUACGUUUUACGCAGCAAGUAAAUGUUGAAAACUUAUCUAUAACAUUAUCAAAUAAUUAAGUCUUUUGAAAUCAUAAAAACCCCACUAACUUCGUUCUAAAAAAAUUAAGUAUCUAAUCUUUCUUUUUUUUUUCAAUUAUUAGUAAAAGCUUGAAAUUAAACCUUUGACGUGAAUUUCGAAAAGCUCACGAUGUUAACGAAAAAUUUCCCUACUUAUUUAGCAAUAGUUGUAAAAAUUAUUAUUUAUGAAUUUUUAAUUCCAUUGAUUGUUAGCGCCAAUUAUAUCUCUGACAAUAUUACACUAAUAAAUUUUAAAAUAACGCUGGUACCUCACAUCGAAAACUUGAAUGAUUUAACUUUUGACGGCGAAAUACAUUCUGAAAUAGAAAUUAAAAAUGACACAAAUGAUCCAUUUGUAUUUCACGUAAAAAAUCUUGAAAUUAAAAAAAAUAUCAUUUUGAUAAAUUCAAUGGUGGG